UUUUCACCCGUCGAGAGAGGUUCCCGGCUCACCGAGCACCCGGAAUUGGAACGCUGAUCUCCAUCAUGGAUGAUGUUGCAAAGAUGAGAGAGGAUCUUGAGAUAUCAACAAGGACGGAGAAGGGUCCUAUGACUACAAUCUCUAAGCACACCUCACAGUGGAAUGAGGAACAACUGUUUCAGCUGUCAAAAUUCUACCGGGAAAGACUGAAACAGGCAAUUGAAGAACGUGUGGAAGAACUCACUGAAAUGCUGAGACUGGAAGGACACAUCAGUGAUCAAGAGCAGGAGAAAGUUUCUGAACUUGUGGGGAAGCGAACCCGGCCGGAGGCUUCGAAGGUAUUCUUCAGCCUGGUGAUGGGGAAAGGCUCCCGAGCCCGGAGGGUGAUGUGGGAAGCAUUUGUGAAAAUGCGAAAUGAAUUACCGAAGUUGGACAGAAUAUUGAAGGAAAUCCAGGAGCUCGGGGCUGACAUACCGGAAUACAUGAACAUCAGUCAAGGGUUAACCGAACUCCCACGUCAGUUAAAAGAUGUUCAUGAGAAACAUAAGAAAACACUGCAGGAAGAAACUGAAGAGCUCAGAGUGAACACGAUUUUGUUGAGGGAGAAGGUGAAGGUUUCCAAGCUUGUUGAUCGAUACGCUGAGCUGACGGUCAUUUCUUCUGUUCGAGAACGGAGGUUUGUGGAACACGAGCUGCUGGCAAGAGGCCGAGACCAUGAGGAGUGGAGAGAGAAACACCUUCGGGGAGAGUUGGAAAAAAUCCGUUCCGAUCAGUUGCUUCAAAGCAGCUUUUCCCAUAGUGUGACUUACUGGCAGCAAAUAAAGAGAUUCUUCGGAUUUGACUCCAUGACUCCGACAUCAGUGAACAGAGUAAAACCUGGGAAUUCAGCAGCAGUGGCCGGUGUCCCGGGGAUCGGAAAAACAACAAUGAUUCAGAAGAUUGUUUAUGACUGGGCCAACGGGAAUAUAUACCAACACUUCCAUUUUGUGUUCAGUUUCAAAUUCAGGGAUUUAAACACCAUUCACUGUAAAAUAAGCCUGAGGGAACUGAUUCUGAAACAGUAUCCUUACUUUGAGAAUGUUCUGGGAGAAGUAUGGAAGAACCCAGAGGGAUUGCUGUUUAUAUUUGAUGGUUUGGAUGAACUAAAGGAUGCAAUUGAUUUUACUGAGAGUCAAAGAGACGCAGACUCUCAACGACGCGGUGCAGACCCAGAAUUCCGGUGCCAUGUGUCGGACAUCGUGUACAAUUUAAUCCAGCACAAGCUGCUCCCAGGGUGUUCAGUGCUGGUGACCACCCGCCCCACUGCAUUACAUUUAUUAGAAAAGGCAGAGAUUAGUGUCUGGGCGGAAAUCCUGGGAUUUGUUGGUGAGGAACGGAAAGAAUAUUUCAUCAGACAUUUUGAUGAUCAGGCGGUGGCAGAAGCCGUUUUCAAACACGUGAAGGAGAACGAGAUCCUGUACACAAUGAGCUACAACCCCUCCUACUGCUGGAUCCUCGCUCUGGCACUAGGCCCCUUCUUCACGCAAAGAGACAGGGACCCUCAGCAAGUUCCCAAGACAAUCACCCAACUGUACUCCUACUAUAUUUACAAUAUCCUGAAAAACCAUGGUCGUGAGAUUGAGAACGUUCAUGAUGUGUUACUCAGGGUUGGUCAGAUGGCCUUCGUGGGAGUGUCUGAGAGGAAGAUUGUUUUUACAGAUGAAGAUUUGAAUAAGUACAAUCUGCAGCCUUCUCAGUUCCUGUCCGGGUUCCUGAUGGAGCUUUUGGAGAGAGAGGAUUCUGCCCACAGCGUGGUGUACACAUUCCCACACCUCACCGUCCAAGAGUUUCUAGCUGCAGUCGCACAAUUCCUGGAACUACAUCCCGGGGAUAUCCUGACAUUCCCCACUGAAGCCCACAAAAUGACAGAUGGGCGGUUUGAUGUAUUUCUCCGUUUUGUUGCUGGUCUCUCCUCCGGGUCAGCCUGGCGCUGGAAGGAGUUUCUGGGUCCUUUUCCUGCCGAUACAGCCCGUCGGGUAAUUGACUUUGUGAAGAGGGAGAUCAAACGUCUGAGUGGCAACACAAAGAGUGAAGAUGGUAAAAGGAGCCUCCUGAACACAUUGCACUAUCUGUUUGAGUCUCAGAAUCGUGUACUGGCUCAGGACUCACUGGGAUCUGUGGAAAAACUUUCACUCAGUGGACUGCGACUGACACCGAUUGACUGCGCCGUCCUGUCUCAUGUCAUUGGGUUCUGUGAUACAGUAAAGCACCUCGACCUAGAUCACUGCUAUAUUCAGUGUGAAGGACUCCAAAGACUGGCACCCUAUCUUCACAGAUGCCAAGAGCUGGGAUUGGCAAACAAUGAAUUGGGUGAGGGUGAUUCAGCGGUGAAACUGAUCUCUGUAGUUCUGACUGACCAGGGCUGUAAAAUACAAAAACUGCGAUUGGGCAAUAACGGUAUCACAGACUCUCAGACAGCAAUCCUCACCUCUGCUCUCGUUAAAAACAGCUCACUGAUGGACCUCGAUAUGAAAGACAAUAGACUGGGAAAUACAGGUGUAAAACAGCUGUUAAGAGUUCUGAAUAACUCGGAAUGUAAAAUACAGAAACUGGGGCUGAAGAACAAUAGUUUCACAGCCUCCUGUGCCAAGAAUCUUGCCUGCAUUCUCAGAGCAAAUCAAUCUUUGAUCAAACUGGAACUGGAUAACAAUAAGCUGGAGGAUUCAGGAGUCAAACUGCUGUCUGAGGCUCUGCGGAACCAUAACUGUAAAAUACAGGAACUGCGGCUAUGUAGAAUCGGUCUCACAGCAACUGGUGCAGACUAUCUCGCCUCCGUUCUAGUUACUAGCCCAUCACUGACAGAUCUUGCCCUGGACUAUAAUAAUUUGGGUGAUUCAGGGGUGAAGCUGAUACUUGGACCUCUGAUCAGCCCAGAGUGUAAAAUACAGAAACUACGAUUAUGGGAUGUUUCUCUCACAGAUUCGUUCUGUGAGGACCUCGCUAUCGCUCUCAAAACAAACUGCUCCCUGAAGCUUCUGUCACUGGGUGAUAACAAUAUCGGAGAUUCAGGGGUGGCAUGUCUGUCUAAGGAGCUGGUGAAGCUCCAAUGUCAACUGCAGGAACUAGAUCUGUACAAUAACGGUUUGAGUGAUUCCUGCACGGAGUCCCUGUGCUUCGUUCUCAACAAAAUGAGUUCACUGAAAAUUUUGGACCUUGGAGGAAACUCCUUCUCAGACAAAUCCACCGACUCCUUCCGCAAGCUGAUACUACGACGCAAGAGUUUGAGGCACAUCACGCUGAGGGGGAAUCGAUUCACUGCAGAUGGGCAGAAUCAUCUGUUGUCAUUACGGGGAAGCAGACGUGGUCUUAAUGUUACUGUGUGAGUCAUUCAAAUGUAGAAUUUUAUCUCCUGGACAGAAUAGCAUUCGUCAAUUUCACUGUGGCACUAGAUUUAAAACCUAAACAUCUACAGUUCUAGAUGAGUGUGUGCCUCCACACAUCAUCAGUGGCCCCAGUGCAGUUUUGGGUGUCAUAGCUGCAGGGUCGCUUGCCCGAUCUCUCAGUGUCUGACAUCUGAGCUCUAUGGAAAUGCCCAGACAAAAGUGACCAAACACGAAGAAAUCUGCAAAUGCUGGAAAUUCAAGCAACACACACCAAACAAUGCUGGAGGAAUGCAGCAGGCCGGGCAGCAUCUAUAGGGAGACGUACAGUCAAGAUAAUAAGAGAUUACAAUUUUUUUUCAGUUAGUCCUGAUGAAGGGUCUCAGUACAAAGCAUCGACUGUACUUCUUCCUAUAGAUGCUGCCUGGAGUGCUGCGUUCCACCAGCAUUUUUGGAAAUGGCCAAAGAUGGGCUCCAGCUAUACUGCAAAGCGAUAGGAGGAAUCCAAGUCGUUCAAGCUAGAUUUAAAUUCAUCUGGGUAUUACUUUGUUUUAUUGUGUUGUGGAUUUUCUGAGAAGAAAGCACGACAUCGCCCCCACUUCCUCAGGAUCCUGCAGAGGAUGGAUCAUGGAUCAUGCCAUUGAAUAUCUUGACAAGCCUCAAUAGAUGGAUGGUGAAAAGUGUGCUGACUGCCUGCAUUCCAGCCUGGUAUGGAAACUCCGCCUUUCAGUGGGAAAUCCUGCAAAAUGUACUGGAUUUGGCCCAGUAUAUCACAGGUGAAACCCUCUCAAGCAUUGAGCACAUCGACAUGAAUCAUUGCAGUGGAAAAGCAGCAUCCAUCAUCAAAGAUCCUCACCACCCAGGUCAUGGUCUUUUCUUGCUGCUGCCAUCACGCGUACGGUACCAGAGCCUCAGGACUCGCACCACCGGGUCUAAGAACAGUUACUACCCAUCAAUCAUCGGGAACUUGAGGAAAAGGGAAUUGCUACUCUCAUUUAAGGACUCUGUUGUAUUGUUACUUUAAGUUUGUUAUUUAUUGCUCUUUAUUUAUAACUGCAGUUGUACAGUUUGUUAACUGUUCCUAAUGAUUGCAGUUUAUCGUGUUACUUGCAAAGUAUGCCCACUGGAAAAAAAAAGUCAGGGUUGUAUG